CAGAGGGUAGACUUGCAUAAUUUGACCUCGACACAGCCUCGAGGCUAAGGGAAUCAAAUAUGGACGCUCAAGAAUCACUUCAAUUUUUUCAAAAAUGUGUUGCUGAUGAUCCAGAAAUUUCUGUGACAGUAGCAGCAAUUAGAACAUUACUUGAGGUCCUCAAGAAAACUGAAGCCGAAACAUUAGCUGGACUGAGAGAUAAUAUACAAAACGUUGUAUCCCGAUUGACUACCAUAGAAGAUUCAGUUACUUCUGUUUCAUCUGGAUGUGAAUUGUUUCUCCGAUUUGUAACUUUAGCAUCACUGGACCAGAGUGAUUUCAAGGAAUGUAAGCGAAUUUUAGUUGAUAGAGGCGAGCUGUUCUUGAAAAAAGCAGCUGGGUCAAGAAAAAGAAUUGCAAAAUUGAGUGGGCAGUUUAUCAGAGAUGGAGCUACUAUUCUUACGCAUUCAAAGUCCAGAGGCGUUCUUCAGCUGCUCAAAGAAGCCGUUGAUCAGAACAAACGAUUUCAGGUUUAUGUGACUGAAUCGAUGCCGGACAUGUCUGGAAAUCUGAUGCACAAAGAACUACAAGAUCUUGGCAUUCCCAGCACUGUUAUUCUAGACUCAGCUGUUGGGUACAUUAUGGAAAGGGUAGACAUGGUUCUUGUCGGUGCUGAAGGAGUUGGUGAAAGCGGUGGCCUAAUAAACAAGGUGGGAACAUACCAGCUUGCAGUGAUGGCUAAAGCCAUGAGCAAACCUGUGUAUGCGGUUGCUGAAAGCUUCAAGUUUCAGCGAAUUUACCCGCUUAAUCAAAAAGAAGUCCCAAACAAACACAAGUAUUGCAACACGACGGAAACAGGUCAUCCACUUGUGGACUACACACCACCUUCGUACAUAACUCUACUUUUCACUGAUUUAGGUGUCCUGACGCCCUCUGCAGUCAGCGAUGAACUUAUCAACCUGUAUUGCUAAUAUUUAAUAUUGUCAUUUAAAAGAUUUCGUCUAUGAGUAAAUACGUGGCUUUAUUGUAUGGUCCCAGCUUUAGAGGUCGUGCAUUUUUAUCAUUAUUUGCGCAAGUCUACAAACCGUAAACUCGGGGGGGGGGGGUGUCCGGUUUUUUAAAAUUUUAUAAAAUUAUGAUUCAAAACUGUAUUCAAAUUCAUAUCACGCACUCCUGCAUUCAUAGCCUGCAUACGAGGGCAGGAUCAGAUAACAAUGGCCGGACCGGAUUAAAUUUUGUUGUAGAAGAACUGUUGGGUCACCAUGUGUUGAUUUUUAAAAUAUAAACAGCUCUUGGUCUACUUAUCUGGGUCAGGAUUUUCGAAUAUUUGUAUACAGCGGAUCACAGAAUGGCGGAAUACUGAAUAAUUUAAGACCCCCGCAUAUGGAUUAAACACCGGGUCUCCUCUAAUGCUGCUUGAAAGAUUGGUGUCCUCUAAGCAAAUUUCUGUUCAACCGAUCUCCCGUCCACACUCUUCUUCCAUUGUAAAAAUAUGUUUAUAAGAAUAUUCAGGCUAAGAAAUAUACAAUUAUCAAGAAUGUUGUAAGAAUAUUGCUAAGCCUCUGCUCGCAUAUCUGUGUGUUUUGCUAUGUUCGUAACAGAGAAUCGAAUCACUGAAGACCGACAUAUCUCAACUUUUCAAAAAGCAUGGUCUCAGUUAGAGGAAGGGAGAUUUUCCCCUGAAACCAUAUCAGAUUUGAAAAAAUAGGAAUACUUGAAGAAUAUAGGCAGGCUCGAAGCGAAAACUUCUUAAGAAUAUCGUGGGUGGACAAAAUUUAUUGUAUUCUUAUAAGAAGCAUGUGUAACUAGGCCCCUCAAGCCCCCACACCCCAUCCCAAUGUAACGAAGUUUUUCAUUGAGCGAAUUAAACACUGGGUGCCCCUUAAGCUGCUUGAAAGAUUGUUCUGAUACAAGCAACUUUCAGUUUAACAGUUUAACGAACUCCUGUCUAUUGUGUUUCCAAGGCUGUACUUUUGAGUCAUUUGAAAGUUCUCCCCAUUUUUAACUUCGUUUUAAAAGUUCAAUUGGAUUUUUCACUGUUUAGGUAUUUUUAACAUCCACAGUUUGAGGAAGUACGCUCAUUUUUUUAUAAGAAACUGGCUAUAAGAAACGAGUGCUGGACAGUCAGAAAAAAUUAAGAAACUUCGGUACUCGAAGCAAAAAAAUUAGGAAACUAUUAAAUUCUGAUAAAACUGAGAAUAACGAAAUUUUGUAAAAUCCAAGAACAGGAUUGCCCUGAAGGCCUAGAACUUGAGACACAAGGGAUAAACAUAUACUUCCUACAUCUAAAUACAGCAUCGGAACGGAAGCGAAUCUCUUGACGUGAUAAAAAGGUCACGAACAUUUCAUAACAUCAUUUAUGACAUCAUAAUUAAGAAACUCAUAAGAAACAAUAUGUAUUGAAAUUUCCAGAACAUUAAGAAACUGGAGUACUCAACAUCGACCUUUUUUUUGAAAAAAAUGAGUGUAAACACUUUGAGGCGCUGAACUUGAAUUUUGAAGAAGAACUGUGUAAGUUAGAAGUGAAGAAAUGUGACGUUAAAACUGAAGCCAUUAAGACUUCAAAUUUUUUUUUUUCAUUUACCUUUUCUUUUUUCGAACAAAUAAAUUCUCAUCAAUGAUUCAACAUUUGGCGCUGUUUAUAUACCGAAAGGCCGCCGGUUCACAAAUGUUUAGAACAAAACUUGAAAAAACUUGAAUCUUUUUAUUUUUCCCAACAAUUUUAACUAAUCAAUCCGGGAUAUUGUUUGUACAAUUUCUAUGUUGGCUGUGUCCACUUGAGACUUCAAAUGCCUUCAGGUUUGGUUGCACUUAUAGCUAGGAUUUUCAAAUUACCAGAAAAUAAACCAAAAAUUUUGUUUCAUACCAUCGCUUGUAAAGUGUUGCAGGCUGAUUUGUAUAAAGGCUUUAUUGAAAUUGGAAAUGUAGUGAAUCAGUGGCGUAAAUGAGGUAUCUGAAACCCGAAGGAAAAAAACAGAGACGGGGCCCCUACUUACGGAAGGCAAGAAAGUCCCAUCCAAGGAUUUAGAGCAUGCCCAACACAAAAGCAAGACGUAAAAAUGAAAACUUAUUAUCGUUAACUAGGUAAAAAUAAGUCAAAAAGCUUCAAUUGAAGAGGUUUAGAGGUUUUGAAAACAAAGUGAACUUGAGCGAAGACUUAGACACAUGGAUAUGAAAAAAGAUUGGGGCCCCUUUUGGCCGGGGGCUCUCAGUUAAUUUUUUUUCUUCUUUCGAUUGAUACCAUCCCAAUAAAGAUAAUAAAAUCGACAUAUUAUAUAUAUAAAUGCUAUCUGUUUAUAAAAUCGAUAUUUCCUGUUCUGUAAGCUCUGCAGUGUUUCAAGUUUCAGAUCAUAUCUGGGUUUCGUCUGUUUAUAAACACGUGCUAAAUUAGAAUUGAGACGAGGCAAAUUGUUACGAACGAAAAGUUGGUCAAGAAACGACAAUGAAUACUCAAGGAAUUGACAUUUCCCUUAUCCUGAAUAGCUCUGAGUUUCUCGAGAAUGCCAUGGCUGCUGCGCAGCGGAGCGAAGAGGCAUCGAUUUCUCAACGUCACCAAGGCACCAUUUUUCCAAAUGUCAUGCCAGCUGCAGAGGGCAAAGACAAGGAAGUAAGAGUGAGUGAAGACAAGAAGAGGGAGAGAAACAUUCUCAGCAGCAGAAAGUACCGAGCAAAAAGG